UGGCCACCCUCCAAUACCUCACCCUAGUUACCAUUCUUCAUGUGUGACCCCAACGCUUCCUGUCAGUUCCAGUGCCAGAACCCAGAGGUGAAGAACAGAGUCAGAAAAGGCCAGUAUGCAGACCUCUGAGGCUGUUUCAGACACCACAUCGACAGUGACUUUACAGACCUCAGUGGCAGGACAGCAGGCGGUGCAGGCAGUACAGGCCCAGGUGGUACAGCAGGUACCUGUUCAGCAGCAGGUGCAACAUGUUUACCCAACACAAGUGCAGUAUGUGGAGGGGAGUGAUGCUGUCUAUACCAAUGGAACUAUCCGAUCAACGACGUAUCCCUACUCAGAAGCCCAAAUGUAUAGCCAGAACACGGGGGGAACAUAUUUUGAUUCCCAAGGGAACUCUGCCCAGGUGACAACUGUGGUCUCAUCUCACAACAUGGUGGGUGCUGGUGGCAUUCCAAUGGGCGUCACAGGUGGUCAGAUCAUCAGCAGCUCAGGGGGUGCCUAUCUAAUAGGUGGCUCAAUGGAUGGAUCCAAUCACCCUAUCAGCCACACAACACGUGCCUCUUCUGCCACUAUUGAAAUGGCGAUUGAGACACUCCAAAAGUCUGAUGGUUUGACAGCUCACAGAAGCACUCUUCUCAACAGCCAUCUUCAGUGGCUAUUGGACAACUAUGAAACAGCUGAAGGCGUCAGUCUUCCCAGAAGCACUCUCUACAACCACUACCUGCGCCACUGUCAGGAACAGAAGCUCGACCCAGUGAAUGCAGCUUCUUUUGGGAAACUUAUUCGCUCCAUUUUCAUGGGUCUGCGCACCAGGCGUCUGGGCACCAGGGGAAACUCUAAAUAUCACUACUAUGGCAUCCGGAUUAAACCUGACUCUCCACUGAAUCGCCUACAGGAGGACAUGCAAUACAUGGCUAUGAGACAACAGCCUAUGCAUCAGAAGCAAAGGUAUAAACCUGUGCAGAAGUUGGAUGGAAUUGGUGACGGUUUUACAGGAAGUGGCCAACAAAUUCCUAACUGUGCAGAGCAAACUAUUGUAGCACAAAGUCAACACCAUCAGCAGUUUCUUGAUGCAUCUCGAGCACUUCCAGAGUUUGUAGAACUCGAGGUUGGAGACAGCCCCUUGUUGGACGGUAUUGCACUUGAGGACAUCAGAACACUACAGAUUCUUUAUCGGGAGCACUGUGAGGCAAUACUGGAUGUUGUAGUAAAUCUCCAGUUUAGCCUCAUUGAAAAGCUGUGGCAGACAUUUUGGCACUUCAGUCCCUCACCUUCAACUGAUGUGAACACUAUCAAUCAAGCCAGUGAGAAUGAAAUAGAAGGUAGACUCCCAAAGGCAAAACUUGUUGCCCUGUGCAAAAAUGAUUCCGUCCUGAAGUGGAUGUGUACCUGUGAUCAUGUAAUGUACCAGGCUCUGGUGGAAAUCCUUAUUCCAGACGUCCUUAGACCUAUUCCUAGUGCCUUGACCCAAGCCAUUCGCAAUUUUGCAAAAAGCCUCGAAGGAUGGCUGACAAAUGCCAUGAACAAUAUUCCACAGCAAAUGGUUCGCACCAAGGUUGGAGCUGUAAGUGCCUUUGCUCAGACGCUGCGUAGAUACACAUCCCUCAAUCAUUUGGCUCAAGCUGCUCGAGCUGUGCUGCAAAACACAUCUCAAAUUAACCAGAUGCUCAGUGACCUCAAUCGUGUAGACUUCGCCAAUGUCCAGGAGCAGGCUUCCUGGGUGUGUCAGUGUGAUGACAGCACCGUACAAAGACUGGAACAGGACUUCAAGAUGACUCUUCAACAGCAGAGCACUCUGGAGCAGUGGGCUGCCUGGCUUGACAAUGUGGUAACACAAGUACUGAAGCCAUAUGAAGGGAGCCCCAGCUUCCCCAAAGCUGCCCGUCAAUUCUUGUUGAAAUGGUCCUUUUACAGUUCCAUGGUUAUUCGAGAUCUGACUCUACGGAGUGCAGCAAGCUUUGGUUCUUUUCACCUAAUACGCUUGCUCUACGACGAGUACAUGUUUUAUCUAGUGGAACAUCGGGUGGCCCAAGCUACCGGGGAAACACCCAUAGCAGUGAUGGGAGAGUUUGCUGACCUCAGUGGUAUGUCUCCAAAUAACAUGGAUAAAGAUGAAGGGAGUGAAGUUGACAGCGAGAUGGAUGAGGAAUUAGAUGAUUCUGGAGAACCACCGUCCAAAAGAGAAAAAAUGGACAUGAACCAGACACUCCAAGGUGCCUGCGCUCAAUCACCCCUCGACAACAGCAUGCAGCAGGACCUUCUGAUCCCACUUCAUGCUGAUCAAAUCAUUACCAGUGUGUCUAGUGCUAGGCACUGCACCUCUGCCGGAAGCACAUACACUGCAGUCUAA